UCAGUGUGAUGCACAGCUGGUGUGAGAAGCAAGUUGGUCUAGAAGGAUGCUGCCUGCAGAGGAUGUAUGCUGUAUUAUCUUCUUGCCCAUGGAUCUGCUGAAGUUCCUUGACAAGUAGUCUGGAAAAAGCAUGGAGGCCAAACCACAGCAGGUGGGACCUCUAAACCGACUCCCCGCGGCCGGCCGUCUGCAUGUGGUCCACUGAGAGCAUGGAGCCCGAGAAAGCUCACACCCAGAGCAGCUUCUUCCACAAAGUGGACGUACCCGACCACGCUCACUACAUCGUGGCCGCGUUUGUCCUGGUGAUCGGGACUCUGGGCAUCACGGGAAAUGCGCUGGUGAUGUUCGCUUUCUACAGCAACAAAAAGCUCCGUAGCCUGCCCAACUACUUCAUCAUGAACCUGGCUGUCAGUGACUUCCUCAUGGCCUUCACGCAGUCGCCCAUCUUCUUCAUCAACUGCCUGUACAAAGAAUGGGUCUUUGGAGAAAUGGGUGUCUAUCUCUGCCUUUUGUUUUCCCAAGCAGUAAAAGUCCGAAAUGUUAAAUGUUCCUCUUGUUUUGCUAUAGGCUGUAAGAUGUACGCUUUCUGCGGCGCCUUGUUUGGCAUCGCCUCCAUGAUAAACCUCCUGGCUAUCUCCAUCGACCGCUACCUGGUGAUCACCAAGCCGCUGAAGGUCAUCCACUGGAGCUCCAAGCGAAGGACCACACUGGCCAUCAUCAUGGUCUGGCUGUACUCUCUGGCCUGGAGUCUGGCUCCCCUUGUGGGAUGGAGCUCUUACAUCCCAGAGGGCCUGAUGACAUCGUGCACAUGGGACUACAUCACAUACUCGUUGGCCAACAGGAGCUACACCAUGAUGCUGUGCUGUUUUGUGUUCUUCAUCCCGCUCUUGAUCAUUUUCUACUGCUACCUCUUCAUGUUUCUGGCUGUCAGGAAAACUAGCAGGGAGGUAGACAGACUGGGAACCCAAGUGAGGAAGUCCACUUUAAUCAAGCAGAAAUCCAUCAGGACUGAGUGGAAGCUGGCCAAAAUCGCCUUUGUGGUCAUCGUGGUUUAUGUCCUCUCUUGGUCGCCGUACGCCUGUGUCACACUGAUUUCCUGGUCUGGGCAUGCCAACAUCUUAUCGCCAUACUCCAAAGCUGUACCUGCUAUCAUCGCAAAAGCCUCCACUAUCUACAAUCCUAUCAUCUAUGCCAUCAUUCACAAUAAAUACAGGAUGACCCUGGCGGAGAAGUUUCCCUGCUUGUGGUUUCUGUCCCCCGCCCCUCGGAAGGACUGCACCUCCUCCUCUAUCAGUGAGUCCUCCUUCAGGGACUCCGUCAUCAGUCGCCAGUCCACAGCGUCCAGGACUCACUGCAUUAGCACGUCCUUGAAAUACACUGACACGGUACUGGGGGGUGUGGAGAUGGAGCAUUUGGGCAGGAGGUCCGGUGAUUCCUUCAGGAGCGUGUCGUCCUACCAUCAGCCCAGCAGAGGCAGUUCUUGCAGGAGGCAAUCAGAGCGCAAUUCCGCUCAUAAAGCGGAGAAGCAUCCAUGUACCAUGAAUGACUCAUCCAGCAGCUGUGAGCAUGAACUGGUUUCUAGCACUCUCACCAGCGCCACUCUCCCCUUACUAGUUCUUACCAGGAGGCGGAGUCGCAGUCUGACCCAUACAAACUCAGGGAAGGACGCCAAUAGGCCGGCCGGCUACAAGAGCAGCUCGGCCGACUCCCUUAGCGUUGGAAGAGUCCCGGCUGCUGAGUCGCAGACGCAACAGGGUGUCCCUCGCAUUGUUGUCAUCAGUCCCACAUCUGAAAGCAGACUGGUCCACCAAGAUAGCCUCUGCUUGGAGGAGGUGAUGGAGAACAAUGCUUUUGUCAGCCUCAACUUCUCAUCAGAGGUCUUGGAGGCGGUCGAGCUGCUAUCCUGACCUCUCGAAGGACUCAAUUUAACACCGUUUCAUGCUCUUUUCCACUCCUAUGGUCUUCCACUGCACUACUUUCACCACGACUGGCAACAUUUUUCAAGGAUUUCAUGGCCUAAAACCUCUGUGGGGAGGAAAAAGGCCAACCACAAACUGGAGCCUAUCCCAGGUGACUUUGGCAAAAUAUAGACUACAUCCUGGAGGGAAGCGCUACACUACCAAGCAAAGCCACUGGAAUGAGCCCCUGGAAUGAGCUUGUGAAUGUAUGAUUAACCCACUUCCUGUCGUCACUAGGUGGCGCUGUGAUGUAUUGGGAAAGGUGGCAUGUGGCUGGCUUCAGCACAACACCAUCAUGCACAAGAUGCACAAGACGUUUGGUUAAGAUCUGACCUCUGGAUCUGAGUUAAUAGAGAUUUGUGCUGUUUGGCGAAACACAAAACUUUUGCCACAAUGCUGCACCCAUACGUGUUAACGAAACCUCGAAAACGUCACAAUUUAGUUUUGUGCAUCUGUCCAGAUUACAUGGUUCGAAUUUGAUAUUAAUUAGACCAAAGCCCUAGGAGGAGAUUGUCGAAGUAUGCCCUGUGAAAAUGGACCAAAUCACAUGCAAAUUGAUAAUUUCAUACUAUUCGCUUUACAUCAUGGGUUUUUAAAGCAUUUAUGCGCGCUCUGUUGUGAUACAUACCAAAUGUCACGUCAUGAGGUGAAAAUGGUUGCGGGGGCUGAAUAAGAUUAAUAGGCAAGUCAUCAGUAUGGAACUUUGCAGUGGAUUCAGGUUAAACUAUAUAUAAAAGACUGGAUUGGUUAUCUCUUUCUGAAGCUGUAUUUUUCAAUACACUGCAGCAUUUUCCAUGCAGAAGGAUUCUAAUGGUAAAAUCUUAAGUAUAGAGUAUGUUGUUAUUACUGCUUUUGCCAGAAUGGACUUUUUGGAACUUUUCAGGUAGUCGAUCAUUAGUAGGUUAUUGAUAUUGAAAUGAAUUUCAUUUUAUUUGUGGUGCCCUCAAAUAUUGUGCUCAUUGUUUGGAUGCUGUACACAAAGUCUCCAUAAAUCCUUUGUAUAUGCAGUAAAAACACAAAUUAUGUUA